GAAACAGACAUGGCGGCCGUGGGCUUUAGCCGAAAAUCAAGUGGGAAAAGGAUCAUUGAAAAUGACAAGGUAAUUGACUGAAAUAGAAACUUAGUGUAACUCUGUCUAUGCUAUACGACUGGAGUCAGCAUCCCCUUGACUGUGAAAUGUUUAAUAUAUCAGGGGGGACUUGCAGGCUAUAAACAGAUAGGAUUAAACUACGUUACUUGAUUAAUGUAAAACUUACAUUCUGAAAUCUAAUCUGGUCCCAACUGCAGUAGCUCAGAUACCGUGUUUCUAAUUCUUGCUCUAGGAGCUGGCUCAGUCCGCCUGUCACUCGAAGGUAGCUCGACGUAAUGGGAGUUAUGUGCCAAUUGGCAAUUCUGGUGCAAAGUUGUUAAAUAUGGAGCUGUCACCAUGAAGGCGACUGGAAGGCUCACGAUGACUGCAGAAUUGCAUUUCCGCACUUUUCCCCGUAAAUACUCUAAAUCCAUGAAUAUGUAUGUACACUGGAGUAGCUAUACUAGUCCAGUUAUUCUAAUGUUAACAGGAAUAUUGGAGUAAAUCGUGAACAUUUUUAAUGGACUAUCAAUAGCUUUUAAAAUGUUUUUAAAACAAUCUUUUGAAAGUUUCCUCUGCUUGUCAGACCACGAGCAAAACUGAUUUAUAUGAUGGCAUUUAACAUGUCUAACAUAACACAGGUGACAUAGUUAAAGCAACACUAUAGUCACCUAAAUUACUUUAGCUAAAUAAAGCAGUUUUAGUGUAUAGAUCAUUCCCCUGCAAUUUCACUGCUCAAUUCACUGUCAUUUAGGAGUUAAAUCACUUUGUUUCUAUUUAUGCAGCCCUAGCCACACCUCCCCUGGCUAUGAUUGACAGAGCCUGCAUGAAAAAAAAACUGGUUUCACUUUUAAACAGAUUUAAUUUACCUUAAAUAAUUGUAUCUCAAUCUCUAAAUUGAACUUUAAUCACAUACAGGAGGCUCUUGCAGGGUCUAGCAAGCUAUUAACAUAGCAGGGGAUAAGAAAAUCUUAAUUAAACAGAACUUGCAAUAAAGAAAGCCUAAAUAGGGCUCUCUUUACAGGAAGUGUUUAUGGAAGGCUGUGCAAGUCACAUGCAGGGAGGUGUGACUAGGGUUCAUAAACAAAGGGAUUUAACUCCUAAAUGGCAGAGGAUUGAGCAGUGAGGCUGCAGGGGCAUGUUCUAUACACCAAAACUGCUUCAUUAAGCUAAAGUUGUUCAGGUGACUAUAGUGUCCCUUUAAUAUUGCACUUAUGUUAAAUUUACUUUUGUAGUCAUGUACACAGUCUUAUUGCAAAUUAACUGCUAAUGUUGUCUCUCCCAUUAAACAUGCGGGAGUGAAAGUGAGAUAUAAUAUGUGCUAAAAUACAUCUCACAGAAAGAUUUUCCGAGGGACAACAGCCCCAUAUUUAUUUAUUUAUAUGUUUAAUAUCAAGCUAGUUCCCCGUCACCCUGGUACUUGUAAUGCCAAGCUCCUGUCUGCUCCCAAUGUCCCUAAAUGUAUGUAAAUUGGAAGUGGUUGUAGAUUCAAAGAAUUGGGUGAAGGGAUACUCUUUAGCAAGGCACAUAGGUAGUUAUGGCCUUUAGAGUGGCCAUGUGCAAUAUGUGAUUGUUUGAAAGAUAAAUGUUUGACUUCUCCAAUCACAAAUUAAAAGUACAUUGCUGAAAUGUAUUGAGAUUUUCCUUAUAUAUUAGCUGUUGUUUUGUGUUGGUUAAUAAUUUUACCAAAAUUGUGGACCUAGAUAAAAGAUGAAGAUGUGGAAAUGUCACCUGAUAAUGCUAAAACCAGAAACAAGGUAUAUUUUAUUUUUAUAUUGUAAUAAAACUAACACAAACAGACCAACCGAGAAAGAGAUGAUGGAUGGAUGGAUGGCAUAUAAUCCUCAAACUCCAUCCCCUUAGUCAAAGUGUGAGGUGUUACAAAGUGUCGAAAUGUGGGCACAGAGUGUUUAUUCUGGAAGUAGAAAUUCUAUAGUUGUUUUUGAGCUAAAUAUCCCAUGAUUCCAUGUAGUGCAGGUGCAAAGAAUAAAUGUGGAGCACAUAGUACCAGCCUUAGAAUUCUGAAUACGUUUUCAGCUAAUAUUAUGUGUCUGUCAAACUGAUCACGUCUAGCCUUUAGCACAGUGGCUGUUAUGGGUAAUUUUCCCAUGAUUCUCAGCAAACCAAAUGGUAAGUGACAUAGAUAACAAAGAUAAAAGCAAUGAGUAGUUGAGCAGCAAUGUAGUCUACAACAGUUUGAGCCCUCAAGGAUAGCUAUUCGGCUGAGUGAGAACUGAAAUUACAUGGUGCAAGGAUAUUUUUUUUUAAACCCAACUCUAUUAACACUUACAAUCUUUAAUCAUGGGGUAAAUGGAGUGUGUCUUAAUGUAGUGCGGAGGUUUUAGGGUUUUUUAUUUUUUUAUUUUUCCAAUUACUUUGUUUGUUUGUUUGUUUUUUUAACUGAUUUUGGUUCUAUUCUAAAUUCAUCCUUUCACAAUGAAAUAUUACAGAUUAAACUCAUUUUUAGAUUAACACUAAGAAAGGAAUUUUGAACCAUAGAAAAAUGUAUUGCUGCUGUAAUUUGAGGGCAACAUAGCUGACCUGUAAAAUUUCUCCAAAUAAGCUAUUUUUCAACUUUUGGUUAUAAACUAAACAUUCGGUUAAAUUUAGAAGUCCUUUUACAAUCUCCCAUUAAUUCCUUAUUUCGGGAAAAAUCCACCUAUUACAAUUACAAUUCUUAUCUAUUCUUUCUUAGAAGGAAAGUGAUUGUCAGGAUUAAAACUGAAUUUAUGGCCAUUGCAAUGCAAUCUACUAUUUGUAGGAUAGAUGCAAUGGCUGGAGAUCAUGGAUAUAUCAGUAUAAAGCAGAUGUAAGGUUACUGAUCACUUAUAACAGGCUACAUGGAGUUAUUAAACAAAGUACAAUUUAGGGUUCUGUGUUCUUUCAGAAUGAUGAAAAGAGAAAGCAAUUGCCUGAAAGAGGAUCAUGGUGGAUAACAACAUUAAAGGUACAUGUUUUUUUUUGAGUGUAUUAGAUCAAGGAAAUUAUUCAAUAAACAGGGAAAGUGAAGGCCACACAUUCAAACUUUAGUUUAGCUGUUAUUUUUACUGCAUGCGCUGUGUUAGCAACUAAUAGCUGGCUAGAAUGUAGAUAUUCAGGAUGAAAUGCUAUACUUAUCUCGCAGCAUUUGCAAGCUGUAGGCUCCAAAUGCCCUUGCACCUCUACCAUCAAGUACCUGCCCCCUAUAUAUAGGGGGGUAGUAUUAGGCUGUACGUUUUUAUGACAACUACAUUUUGAUUGUUUUAUUCCCUUUAUGGUCCCUAAGGAAGUCUUCUGUGAGGAUGAAGCACGUUGGACCUUUUGCAUUUUACUACAUAUUUUAUUGUGUGUAAAUUUUUUUUAAAUGAAUCUCUUUAAGUACCUGCCUUGAUCCCUUAGAUUUUUUCUUGGUUUGGCAACAUGAAAGGUGAAGAAGUCUCUGCCCCUCCCACCCCCUCCCGACAUUGGAGAAGGCACUUUAAGGUGUUUUAUCCAUCUCUUCUGUGAAUGCAACCAUUAUAGUACUGUUCUACAUAGUCACUCACUAUGCGUUCUAAUUCCUUUACAGAUACACAGCUGUAUCCCUUUCGUUCCAUAUAUUACCUGUCCCAUAUUAUUAUGCAUUGCAAACUUCCACUCAAUGCACUGUAGCAAGGUCUAUGUCAUCAGUAAAUGGCUUCAUCACUAAGGCAGAGGUGCUUUAUCAGGGCUGGACCGAGAUCACAUCUUUAAUAAGGUGGGCUAGACAGUUGCCUAGAAAACCACAUUUUAGAGAUGUCAUGGGAGGCAAUUAGGUGUAUCUCAUGAAGAGCCCUAGAUUACAAAUUUUACCCAUUUGUGCCCAUGCCCUGUGUGCUCUGCCUAUAUUCCAUCACUAGCGACUAUAUUUACAUUUUUUUAACAUGAUAGAAUUCCUUGUGGGCUUCAUGCCAAGAGGCUCCCAUAAUGUUAUGCCAACUCUGAAAUCUAGGAGAUCUGAUACGAAUGUGCAUUCUCUUUGAAAAGUGUGCAUCUGUCUUACCAGGAAACCCCUCCUCCAGGCAUGUAUGAAAUUCGUGAUUUUCUCCAAGACGCACAACUAAAUCCUGUGCAGAAAUCAUAUAAUUUUAAAGGAGAGGGAAGAAAAAAGAAGAUAAACACAGGCCCAGCUGGAGAGAUGUUGCUACCUGGCUGUUACAAUUUCCCUGAUUUGGUUUAUUUGACAGCAAAACUCCCACAGACUUAUUCCUUCAAGAAUACCUCAAGACGAGGUACUCUAAUUGGUGUGAAAGACAAGGUACAGUAGACAUUUUCCAUUAUUAUAAUAAAGUAUUUAUAGUGUGCUAACCUCUCCCAAGGACGCUCAAACUACUCUGCAAACGGUGUCAGAAUUGACUAAAUUGCCAGGUGAUAAAUAUGUCUUAACAUUAAAUCAUAUGCAUCAACUAAGUGAGGCAUUUUAUGAACUUCAGAAGGAUGAAACAAUUACAUGUUACUGCUGGUACUAGAACAUGCAACUCUAAAGUUGCGAAUAGGUAUAGGCAGGAAUUGACCCUCCACCCCAUAUUUUAAUGCAUUAUAUAGAUAAUGAGCUAAAACAUAUAAGCAAAAAAGUAAAUUUGCCUUCAAAGUUCAUUAAAGCAGCUGCACUUACAGAGGCAAACAUGUACAGAUUCCACCAAUUAGGAGUCUCAUUCUGAUUUAUAGGGAUUUUACUAUCCCAUCUACUUCGGCCCAGCAGAUUUAGAGGGACACUCCAUUGCCCAAAUACAAAAUAAAUAAGAACCACUGUUUUUUUUUCAUUUGGAGAGAUCUAAAAACAGCUUCCAAAACCUGCAGAUCUCAUGUCUGAAGCUUUUGCAAGCCCUCCCCUUCUAGCCCCGACAGACUUUCUGUGGCUGUCCAAUCACAGACUUCCCAAUGCAACUCAAUGCAAGGCAGGUGCUCUCUGCAAUUAGCCCAUUGAGCAAACCAAUCCAGGAAGUAACAGGACCUGUUGUCUGAUUGACAGCCAGGGGGAUGUAACCAGAUGAAUUUUUAAAACGUGUCAAUUUCUAUUGAAAUCUUCCUUUUUGUUAAAUGAAAAUAGUAGGACAGACACUGUACACAUUUUCUGCAAGAUAAAGUGCUGUAAAGGUCUGAAGUGUUCCUUUAAUGGGACACAUAGUUUACCCCCCAACCUCACUUCCGUUUAUCCUAUAUGAUAAGUGGAACUACUCUACUAGCUGAUACCAGCCAGGCUAUAACUGCUAUCAGGUUAUACACAGCCCAAAUCAUAGUUUUGCACUUAAAGAGUUCACGGGUAACUGAGAUCACAUCAUGUAUAUCAUUUUGAUUAACUUAAUUAAACUUGAUACAAAUAAUUUUUAUUGCUGCUUCCCAGUAAAUCCAUAGCUGGAACAUUAAACAAAUAAGUCAACAAAAAAGGAUACAUAAUGCUGGGAAUUAUCGUCAGGAAAAAUGAUGCCAACAUUCUAGAGACAUAAAUGAAUAAGUUUUCGGUCGUGUGGUUUAUUAUGAAGUCUCCAGACCCCCUCAGUGGUGUUAAUUUCCCAUAACAUACAGAUCGCAGUUACAUUUAUAGAAGUGUAUAGUAAUAUGUGCUCAGGUUUUGUAAUUUGUGAGUAAUUAGAGCAUUGUGGUGUAGAGUGCCUCAUUGCUAGAGAUGGACAGCUGGUAUACCUGGCACUGCAUUGCAUCACCAAUCUCUUUGACAGGUGCUCUAGGUUUAUGUAACAGUGAUGUCCCCACUCAGCUAGUCUGCACUGAAUGAUAUCAAUUAGGUAAUGAAAUGAAAUACAAACUCAGUGCUUAGUUUAUUUUUAGCAGGCCAGGCACAUCAUAUAAAAAAUGUCUAUGCUACACAAGUAUUUGCCAUAGUGCACUCAGUCCGUAUGAUUACAACUUCCAUAUAUUGACUGGAGACUUCUUUUACUAGAAAAAGAAAUGAUUAAAUAUAUACCGUAGAUUGAGACUUCUUUGCUAUUGUGUGUCUUCUGUACAGAGAAAGGUUAAAGCAUCCAACUAGCCGUACCCCCUACUUAGGAAAUCACAGGGGCAAGAAACAUGCUUCUAUAAUAAUCAUUCAUUUACAAGCACUAAUUAAUGAUGGUAAUGAGUAUUACAGGUAUUAGUUCUUUGCUUGUUGUUUAUUCAUACUACGGUAAUUAAUAAUAAAUUGGGCUACUUCAUCUUAAUUAAUGCAGAUUACUUUAAUUCCCAUUCUAGGUGAUAUGAUUUUUAAAGUGCUGUCCCCUGUUAUCAGAGUUUGCAUCUUCACAGUCUUCACAGUAUUUAAUUUAAUAAUAUAUACUUAUUGCAUAAUUUCCCACUUGCCUGCUGGAUCAUUUUCGACACAUCUGUUUCUUCUGUCAAAACUACAGCUUACUUUAAAGGGACACUAUAGUCACCAAAACAGUUUUAGCUUAAUGAAGUAGUUAAGGUGUAUAGAUCAGCCCCUGCAGUCUCACUACUCAAUUCUCUGCUAUUUCAGAGUUAAAUCACUUUGUUUAUGCAGCCCUAGGCACACCUUCCUGCAUGUGACUCACACAGCCUUCCUAAACACUUCCUGCAAAGAUUCAUCUAAUAUUUAUACUUCCUUUAUUUUAAAAGCUGUUUAAUUUAGAAUUUCUUAUCUCUUGCUCUGUUAAUAGCUUGACAGACACUGGAGGAACCUCCUGUGUGUGUUUAAAGUUCAAAUGACAGAGCAGGAGAUAAAAAAUAUUUGAAAAAGUUACAUCUAAUUGAAAAUAAAACCAUUUUGUUUUCAUGUAGGCUGUGGAAGUCACAGCCAGGGGAGGUGUACCUAGGCCUGCAUAAACAGAAACAAAAGUGAUAUAACUCCUAAAUGACAGAGAAUUGAGCAAUACAACUUCAGAGGCAUGAUCUAUUCAAAAUCAGGACAGUCCCGCCAGAUCCAGGACUGUUGAGGAGGUGUGUGUGUAUCAUGAUAAUGGUAUGUGUGUGUUUAUGAUUGUUUGGGUGUAUUUGUGUAAAGGGUCAGUUUGUGUGUGUGUUUGAUUGAAGACUUUCAUAUAUGUAAUGGGUCAGUGUAAAAUGAUUAAUGUGUGUGAUUGUAGGUGUGUAUUUGUGUAAAGAGUCAGUGUGUGUGUUUCAUUCUAGGGGUGCGAACUGUUAGUAGUGCAUGAAGGGUUGGAUUUGUGCAUAGUGUCAAUCUAUGUGAAUGCAGUUUGUAUUGGGUGUACCAGCUUCCUCUGAUUCUUAUUAUAUCAGGUACAUCUCCUUCAUGUCAGCGCCCACACUUCCCUGUCAUCAUCUCUAGCCUCUAUCCAUGCUAUCGCUAAUGAUAGAAAGGAAGAUACAUUCACAGACACGAAUGUGGGAUCUGACCUGUCUCUUCCUUCCUGCUCUCUACAACAUAUAAUGAUGUAGCAACAAUCAAGAAAUUGUAUUUCCAUGAAAACCAUUAUCUAAUUUUUAAGUCAGACAUGUUUAAGUCAGAGAAGAACAGUUUGUAUAAUGUCUCAUUCAUAAAAUAAUCAUUCUUAGCUAUUUCUGCAUUGGCAUGAAGACACAAAUAGCAAUGCAAAUUAUUAAAAUCCUCAGUGGAAACAACAAAAACAUGUGUUGUAUUUUAUAACAAAAUAAUUUUGUUUAAUGAUUUUUAAUUUGAGACAAACUGUGAAUAGUGAUGUCCCGAACGGUUCGCCGAACGGUUCGCCACGGACGGCGAAUAUAUGACCCUGUACCUCACAGUCAGCAGACACAUUCCAGCCAAUCAGCAGCAGACCCUCCCUCCCAGACCCUCCCACCUCCUGGACAGCUCACUAAGAAUGCAGCUUCAAAAUGGAUGCUGUCCAGGAGGUGGAAGGGUCUGGGAGGGAGGGUCUGCUGCUGAUUGGCUGGAAUGUGUCUGCCGACUGUGAGGUAUAGGGUCAUAUGUUCGCCGUCCGCGGCGAUCCGUUCGGCGAACCGUUCGGGACAUCACUACUGUGAAGUCUUUCUAUAUAGUGGAACACACACAGUGUUGCUAUACGGUGAUAUUUGUACUUUGAUCCCGGAGGCUAGUUACUCCUUCCCCUCCGCCCCAGCACACGCAACUCAGGAAGUUAAUUCUGUGCAAAUAUUACUUCUGUCUUCUGAGAAUUACAGGGUUUAAGGUUUCAGGGUUUAACCCCUUAAGGACCAAACUUCUGGAAUAAAAGGGAAUCAUGACAUGUCACACAUGUAAUGUGUCCUUAAGGGGUUAAACAGGGGAGGUGAGACAAGGUUAUGCCAAUAUGGUAUUAUAACUAAAAAGAGAAUAGUGAAAAAUGGUUUUUAUAUAUAUAUAUAUAUAUAUAUAUAAUGCUUUAAUGCCUCCUUGAAGAUUCAACAUUCCUUUCAACUUCUUGCAGGAUAUCAACACCACACCAUGCCAAUAUUAUGUUGACAGUCCACCUGUUGAAAUUCUUCCAUGCAAGUAAGUACACAAAUUAUUACAAAUUAACUAUGCAGCAGAACUAAUCAGAAUUAGACUGGGGGUAGGGAAAGAAGCAUGUACACAACAAGUAAUUCUUACCCAACCAGAGUGUUUGUUGAUUCACUAUUAAAAACACACCCUGCAAUAUCACAAAUCAAUGGAUUAACAAUGCCACAAUCACCAGAGUUUUAUUUCCCAGAGCUUAUUUUUGCACCAUUUUUUACUGUAUGUAUAAUUGUCACAAACCAGAUGGGAUCCUCAGCAAGAUAUAGGUUGCCAAUCAAAUAAAAGGCACCAUAAGAAAUAUAGGUACAUAGGUUUAUUACAGACCUUAGAGUGGCCAGGCUUACCGCUUAGAAAUAGCAAGUAUUAGUACUAAAAAACCAUAAAACUUAAAUCCGAAUCACAAAAUUCAUGGUGAAAACAUAGCCAGAUCAGCAAAACCAGAAUUUAGGGACAAGACUAGACAGGUUAAAAAACAAAAAGACUAAGAGCCAAAAGGAAACGCCGUGAAAUAGUGCUGGUGCAAAGGAAGCAGGAGUUUAAAUAGCACUAGGCACUAAUGACAUCAUCAGCUAGCAUCAGGGGGAACAUGUACUUUGUAUAUUGAUACUGCAAUAAGAACUAGAAAAUAUCAAUAAAAGACGCCAACAACGCAACUUAGAUUGAUCUAGGAAUUAACAGGAUCAGAGAGACACAAGCGAAAGCAAGUAGCGACAAACGUGCAUCCAGAUGAUCACAAGUGCGCUAAAAUUGAUGCUGGAGUGUUAGAUUCAGUAGGUGACCUUAUUAUAAUAGAACAGAGUUCCCAUAAAAUUCUGUCUGAGAGAAUUGAAAGUAAGAGUAUUGAUAGAGGACAGGCAAAGAUCACGAGAAGAUUGGAAGAACCAAGAUUGGCUGUGCCAACUAAUUAGAGAUAAUCAUUUUGAGUACAGUUUCCAGUUGAGAGCUUUCCAGUUGAGUACUGCUGUUUUAAAUUGAAGUUGAAUUUAUUGAAAAAGAAGGAAGUGAAAGCUAAGAAGGUGUGAAAUUGUGUUUGAGAUGUAUGAUGAGAAUUUGGAUAGUGCAGUUUAAUAGAGACAAGAAGAAACAGGAGGUCCACAAUGUCAAAAUCAUAAAAAAAUGCCGAAAAGAAUUAGUAGAAGGUUAUGAUCCUUGCAUUUUGUAGGAAUUAACCCCUUAAAGACACAUGUCAGAAAUAUUCCGUCAUGAUUCCCUUUUAUUCCAGAAGUUGUGUCCAUAAGGGGUUUAAAAAUUGGUCACUUUGAUUCGAGCAGUUUCAGUAGAGUAACGAGGGAAUGUCAGACUAAACAAGGUAAAGCAAUUGAAUGUAUACUAUGUUUAUCUAUGUAGCUAACCAGGUAUAUACAAAACAUUCAAGAAGUGUAGAGACAAAAGUUAUUAAAAAGAUUGAAGUUGAAUUGGAAGAUAUGUUUCUCACAGAGAGAGACUGGAAAUAUAUGUUAAUAAAUAUGGAAGAGAUUGAGCAAGGUGUGAAAGGAUAGGAAACAGAUAAAAAAAACAAGCUUUGAGUAGAUGUUAACACGGAGUUUAAGGUAGACUCACUAUAAAAUAUAUAUAUACAGGGUUAUUUUCUAAAUUUUGAGCUGUAAUAAAUUGAAAUCCAAGUGACCGAGUUUAGGCAAAUAUAGCUAAUUUGGAGAAAAUCAGUUGAUCUGGAGAAAUUCUCCAACUUGGAUAUAGUGAUUAUAGUCUAACUUUGGCCAGAAAUUUUGUUAUCUAGACUUCAAUUUGCUUCAAUUUGGAUUUCAGUGAAUAACAUUUUCUGUUUUAUAUUUACCCCUAAAAACUGUGAAAUAUUACUUCUAAAACAAAACAUAUUUUAUUAUAAAACUGUUGCGUUAAAACAGUAUUUCCUCCCUUUUAUGGUAUAGAUGGAUUAGAUAGAUAGACAGACAGACAGACAGAAAGACAGAUAGAUUAAAUAGAUAGGGAAAAAACUGUAUUUCCCAAGAUGUAUGUUUUUCCAAUUCUAUUUUCUAAAGCUUAUACGGAUUGUUGUAUUGUUAUUACAUUGUUGCUAGAUAGACCUCAAGAUAGCGGAAAAUAUUGCUGUCAGACUUGGCCAAUAACAUUGAAUAUGUGUGAGAGCAUACAUUAGGUUUUUACAAGAUCAUAAUACAGAUAAUUUAGGAUAAUGGACUACAGGUGUGAACCUUUACAGGGAAUAUGAUGAAAACCUAAUGUUGCCAACUUAUAACAUUAUAUAUUAUGCAAUGCUGAGAAUUUACAAUGUGAUAUGUCAUUAUUUAUUAAUAGCAACAUCAUCUCUGUGCUUUUGUCCCCCAGGCAUUCUAUGUUUCGUUCUGCUGUUAGGAGGUUUCCAACAAUCUACUUUAGUCCUGUAAGUUACAUAGUAUAAAGGAUAAUUCAUUAGAUGUCACCAACAUUGUACCGGAUUUAAUAAGAAAAUACUCCUUCAAUAUCAUAGUAGGUUUUUGUUUUCCCGGGGGGGAAUGGGAGGGGGGAGAGAGACUGGUCAGACUGAUGGGGAGAUGAGAGAGCACACGCAAAGCAGGAUAUUGCUUUGCUGCACAGGGAUUUAGAUAGGUUGGGGAACUGGGCACUAAAAUGGCAGAUUAAAUUUAAUGUAGAUAAAUGCAAAGUUAUGAACUUCGGGGUCAAGAAUGCACAAGCGAUUUACACCCUAAAUGGUAGUGAAUUAGGGAUAACCACACACGAGAAGGAUUUGGGAAUUGUUAUAGACAACAAAUUAGGCAGCAAUAUGCAAUGUCAAUCUGCAGUUACUAAGGCCAGUAAGGUUUUGUCAUGUAUAAAUAGGGGCAUAAAUUCUCGGGAUGAAAAUAGAAUUUUGCCUCUUUAUAAAUCGCUGGUAAGGCCACACCUUGAAUAUGCUGUGCAAUUUUGGGCACCUGUUCUAAAAAAGGAUAUCAUGGCACUAGAAAAAGUGCAGAGAUGAGCUACAAAAUUGAUAAAAGGAAUGGAGCAUUUUAAGAAGAAAGGUUAAAAAAUUUAAAUCUCUUUAGUUUGGAAAAACGGGGCCAGUACAAACCAUUAUCUGGAAAUCUAUUCAUAAACAGGGCUAUACAUAGGACAAAGUCACACAUUUAGGCUGGAAGAAAGGAGAAAGAAAAGGUUUUUUUACAGUAAGAGCAAUAAGGAUAUGGAAUUCUCUGCCUGAAGAGGUGGUUUUGUCAGAGUCCUUACAGAUGUUUAAACUAAAAUUGGAUAAAUACUUACAAAACAUAACAUACAGGGAUAUCAUUUCUAAUUAGUGGGGUAAUAGCUGCUUGAUUCAAGGAGAUUUGGGGUCAAGAAUGAGUUUUUUCCUAGUUUGUUGCAAAAUUGGAAGCGCUUCAGACUGGUUCUUUUGGAUCAGCAGCAAAAACAAAUGUGAGGAAGGCUGAACUUGAUGGACACAUGUCUCUUUUUAGCUAUGUGACUAUGUAACUAUGUAACAAAUGUAACACAUAAUGAAAGUUUUCCUCUCCUUGUCAUUGCAUUACAUGAAGUCCUUUUUUAAUGUCCACAUGUUUCCUGUUUGUGUGUGUGUACGUAUAAAUUCUAGACUUUAGGCCCUCCAUUUUUACUUCAAUGCUCAAUUUGGUCUUCCACGCCAAAUGAGUUUGACACCCCUGUUCUAUGUGUUGUUGCCGUUUAUUAAUAUCCUUUAGAAAAGUUUUGAAUAAUGCAUUGAAAUAGUGGAUUGUUUUUCCUUGCACAGUUCAGAUUACUCCCUCUGGAAACGACAGCAUCGUAACCAUGGUUCCUUUUCCAUUGUCUGCUCUUUGCAUACUCCUAGUAUCUGUAGACCGAUUCUUACACUCAGUUUGGUAACAAUGAAAUGCAAUAUAUAGGACGUAUCUCCUAACACACUCAUUUUUUGCUACUGCUAUCAAAAGUAAAAAAUGAACUAUACAGAGAUAGAGUUUUCAAAAACCAAAUAUUAGCCUUGUUACAUCACGUUUCCUUAAAUUAAACGUUAAUUAAAAUAAAAUAAAGAAAAGCGAAACAACCAAACAUAUUAAAGAAUUCAGUAAAUCAAAGGACGAUAAGAUGUUAUUUUUUUGUUUGUUUGGUUUGUGGAUGACAUGACCACAUUCUUUGCAACUGAACUAAUAGUCGUCUUAAUGAUUGUUGUUUGACUAUUGUUAAUACAAUGAAUACCAAUUAAUUAAAAGUGCUAUGUGCUUUCUUUCAUCAUCCAUUAGGACAAUUUAAUCAUUUAUAUCUACUAUUGUUUUCCCUUAAGUAUGCUUCUGGCCAUGGUGCACGGAGCAAGGGACACAUGAGUGGUCGGAUCUCCCCUAGAUAAUCAUAUGGAGGGAAUUCAGACAGAUCAUCUGAUUACUAACCGAUUUGCACACACAAAAACACACACUGGGCCAGGAACUUAAAUGUGGAGAGCGGUUCCUGCCAGACCCCAGGUAAGGAGUCAAACCAUUCUAAAACGGUUUGACUUCUUACAAUGGGGAGAGUGGUGGGAGGAUAACACCGGGGCACUCAUGGCACCAUAACCACUAUAGUGAUAUAGUUUUUGUGUUUGGAGAGUUACUUUAACAAAGAUCAGAGACUGCGGCCUUACUACCACAUUACCCAAGGUCCCCCAUCCAAUGCCUAGUAGAUAAAACCAGUUUACAGUUCGUAUGAAGGAUGAGUGUAGUUAUAGCACAAAACAUACAAGUAAAAUAGAUUACUUCACAGAUACAUGGAAUAAAUGUUACCAGAUGCUUGCUGUCAGCUGAGGAGCAUAUCUGUAAACAAAGAUUCAAAUGCUUGGGUGUUGGAUUUGGUUAGUAAUAUAUAUAUUUUUUUUCUCUAACACUGUUUGUGUUAUGCAUUGAUAUACUCCAUUGUAUAAUUUGAACAAAAUAUUGUUAUAAUCAAACAGCCAACCACCAGUGUCUGUACACAUUCAUUGUAUACAGGGUCGGCCACAGGGGUGUGCGAGGAUUCAUUAUUUUUCACCCGGGACUAUAAAAGUAAAGAGCAAGACAGUGGCGGCGGGGCUUACUGAGUGGCAAGGGCGGGGCUAAAAUGGCAGCGGGGACAGAGCUUAAAGCUCCCAGAAGACCCUGGUAACUGCUGCACAAGAAGGGGGAAGCAGGAAGGAGUCCCUGAUUCCCCAACAACAAGGCUACAGUAGCUGCACUACCUCCACUCCUCACUUCCAGACAUAAUGGAAAGAGGUAAUUGUGUGUGUGACUGUACUCUAUGUGUGUGCGUGUGUGUGUGUGUGACUGUAAAUGUGUCUUACUGUCUGCCUGUGUGUGUGACUGUAACUGUGUGUGUGACUGUCUGCCCAUUUGUGACUUUCUGCCUGUGUGUGUGUGUGUGUGUGCAUGACUGUAUGCCUGUGUGUGACUAUCUGCAUAUGUCUGUGUGUGACUGUAACUGUGUCUGAAUGACUGCCUGUGUGUGUGACUGUAAAUGUGUGUGACUGUCUGCCUGUGUGUGUGACUGUAAUGAUCUUACUGCCUCCGUGUGUGACUGCCUGCUUGUGUGUGUGACUGUAACUGUGUGUAUGACUGCAACUGUGUGUGACUGUCUGCCUAUAACUUAGUGUGUGGGCCUGUCUGCCUUUGCCUGUGUGUGUAAGUGCCUGCCUGUAACUGAGUGUGUGUGUGACUUCUUGUAACUGUAUGUGUGACUUUCUGCUUGUAACUGUGUGUAUCUGUGUGACUUUCUGCCUGUAACUGAGCAUGUUUUACUGUCUGCCUGUAAGUGUGUGUGUGUGUGUGUGUGUGACUGUCUGCCUGUAACUGUGUGUCACAGUAUUGUGUUACAUACUUAGGCUGCUCGUCUGUAAUGCAGGGGAGGCAGUCUGGCACCUCUGGCCUGCACUUCUCUGCUGGAUGCAGACCAUAAGUAGCUGUCUUCCGAGCUCUGGCCAAUCAGAGCAUAGCUGUGAAUUACCAGAGAAAAGCUCAGGCACUGUAAAUGCCUGAGCUAAAUUACUUGUAGUCUGCACCUGGUGAUUCCCAGCACACUGGAACACCAGAGAUCUUCAUUCCCCCCUCACUGCAAGUUAAUAACAGGGAAGGGGAAAUGAAUAUUUGUUUUUAAAUUAUUAUUAAUGUAAUAAAUCCCCUAUAUACAAACACUACACCCCUAGGCACACACACACGGAUGAAGUUUUGUGACCAGGGAGGAUGGGGGGGUGGUGGGGGUGCUGUGAAGAUUUCCCGCUCAGGGCGCCUAAUGGCCUAAGGCUAGCCGUGUUUGGAUAUUUAUACAUUUGUUAAUUCUAUUGAAUGUAUUCUUUCUCUUGGAGUGCAUUGUGCAUAAACUAUUUCACAGAACAAAAUAAAUCAGUUUUUAUGCUAAAUCAGCCCGGUAAGGAUGUGAGAUAUUCAGAAGAGUCAAGUUUAAACUAAUUUUACUAAUUUACUAUUAUUUUUGCACUUGCUACUAAUUCAGAGUAGUGCAAAGUAUUUAUAUUUUGUAUAUUUUGCUCUAAAUGUUUUGUAGUUAAUAAUCCCCGAAUAUCACACUCUAAAGAGGUAAAUGCUCCCUUAAAGAUGUUUUAAAUGUGCACUUUUGUAAUAUGAGCUAUUUCAGCUAAAUUAGCACUAGCUAGCAAUGUAAUCUCCUGGGCAUACACAGAGCUACCUCCAGCUUUGAUCAAACUAGCAAGCUAGAAAAAUAAUAUUAAUAUUUAUACAUUGCCUAAUGUAUGUGUUUUUAAACAAAAAAAGGGAAACCCAAAAAACCUAAACAAAACAAAACAAUGUUGCACAUGUAUGUGAUGGUUGUCAAUUCUUCAUUCCCAGUAUUUUUCCAUCCCGGGUAUUUUAACCUUAAAUUCCCUUGGCAACCCUUGCUGAGUGAAUAACAAUAACCACAGCUAAUUUUUUUUACAUUAAAUGAUUAAACAAACAUUUUGAACCCAGGUGCUAAACGCUCAGAAAGAUGCUGAUUUUAUAUUUGCAUAUACAGUCACUUACCUCCAUAAUGCUUGUAGCAUGCAAUAUGAGAUGCUGUGUACAUCAUUUGAAAACAGGCAGGUAGAGGAACUGCAUUUGCACUCAUCUGGAAGGGUAGGAGAGAUUUUUAUAGUACUAUAUAUUUUAUUAUAUACAUUUGUAACGUGCAAAUUUAAAGGAACACAAUAGAGUCAGGAACAGAAAAAUGUAUUCAUGUCCCGAUAGUGUUAAAAAACACCAUUUAGCCCCCACUUGCACCCUUAAAUAUAGUAAAAUCUUAUUUUUAUUCCAGUCUGCUGCUGCUGGCUCUGUCCCUAAUCUGCUUGCUUGGCUGACAUGCUCAUAAGUGGUGUUCAGAGCCAAUCUAGGAAAGCAUUGGAUUGGCUGAGACUGUCAAGGAGGCAGAUCAGGGACAGAGCCAGCACAAGCCAAACAUUGCCCUGGCCAAUCAGCAUCUCCUCAUAGAGUAAAGGUGAAGUGCUGAAUAUUAAUAACCCGGAACAAACAUGCUAUAGUGCAGACACAUGAGUAACUAUACCUUAAAGGACCACUAUAGUGCCAGGAAAACAUACUCGUUUUCCUGGCACUAUAGUGCCCUGAGGGUGCCCCCACCCUCAGGGUCCCCCUCCUGCCAGGCUCUGGAAAGGGGAAAGGGGUUAAAACUUACCUUUUUCCAGCGCUGGGCGGAGAGCUCUCCUCCUCCGAUCCUCCUCUUCUCCUCCCAUGCGGCUGUAUGCGCACGCGCGGCAAGAGCUGCGCGCGCAUUCAGCCGGUCACAUAGGAAAGCAUUCAUAAUGCUUUCCUAUGGACGCUGGUGUGCUCUCACUGUGAAAAUCACACUGAGAAGCACGCAAGCGCCUCUAGUGGCUGUCAAUGAGACAGCCACUAGAGGAAAUAGGGGAAGGCUUAACCCAUUCAUAAACAUAGCAGUUUCUUUAAACUGCUAUGUUUAUGAAAAAAUGGGUUAACCCUAGCUGGACCUGACACCCAGACCACUUCAUUAAGCUGAAGUGGUCUGGGUGCCUAGAGUGGUCCUUUAAUAGAUAUAUAAAAUUACAAUUGUGGUAUGCAGUACCUUAAAAAUAUAAACAAGAAAACCAAACAUAGUGUUUACUGUGGUACAAAGUAAAUAUAAUUUUAAAAAGAGGGAAAUAUGCCCACUCACACUUUUAGGAGCUAAGUAUGUAUAGCUCACUAGAAUCACUUGAGGGGUCCGUAAAGGCGACCCUAUCCCUUCUUUGAUGUGUGUUCUUUGCUUUCUUGAUUUCUAAAGCAAGGAAAAACGCAUAUGGUGCAAUAUCGUAAAUCUUAAAUGGUGAUGGAAAAAGUCAAAUUUGUACUUACAAGCCCAGAGCCAUCCACAUCGGCUCUGAUCAAAGAGUGUAUGUGGUUAAGGACCACAAUCCUUCUUUAAAGAAUAGAAGGAACAAUUCCAGUAGUGAUAUAAAGGUAUACAUAAAUUUAUUUAAACAUUAAAAUAUUUAUAAAAAAUAUAAAAUAAAAUACCACUAUUUAGGCAUUAAAAGUCCAAUACAUCAAAGGCUGUUCCUCACAAGAUUCCCAGGACGCAUUUCGCCGUGAAGGCUUCUUCAACUGGAUGUGGGAAAAAAGUCUUUGUAUGUUCUUUGGGACAGGUUCCUGCUAUAUGUACCCAUCCAAGGGUACAGUAAUUGAUUUCCAGCUUGUAAAAUCGCGGGCGUUCACCAUGGAAACGGUGACGCCCAGCGUUUCAAGCCUCUCUUUCAGUUGGUUUCCGGGUACGUUCGUCACUUCCGGUCACGUGUUUGUAUGCCGAUACGUCAUAAAUUAUGCGUUCCAGCUAGCGUUUCAUUCCCCAAACAGUAUAUCCGGUUUACAUAGUAACAAAAAAUAAUAAAGAAUCAAAAACAUAUUCUUUCUGUAUUUUAACCAAAUAAAUUAUGUACAUAAUAAAAAUUAUUCUGUGUGUAAUUGUUUCAAUAAAAAGAGUAAAUAGAUGGACAUAACUAUAGUAUAUAGAUACUUGUAUUUUAGAUGAUAUCAUGUCCAUUCCUAUGAAACUGUGGAAUCAGUUAAUGUACAUAGCAUUAGGUUAAUAUCCAAAGAUAUAUAAAAGAGUAUAUACAAUAAUAUAACCGAAAUGCACAUCUAUAAAAAGCAUAUUUUAUUAAUAGAGGAUUUCAAAAGUAGACGAUUUUAAAAAGAGAGAGUCUUUAAUACCCAUAUCUAAUCUAUAUAAAAUUUAAUUAAAAAGUAAUAAAAUAAAUAUGGGAUAAAAAAAUAUAAUAACCAGAGAUUUUAUUUUAAAAAAUGACACAUCUCAAAAUCUGCAUUGAGACCAUAAGGAAUUAAAGUAUUUAGUUUGAAAAUCCAUUCCAUUUCAUUAUUACUCAUUUUUACAUCAAAAUUUCCUCCUCUCCAAUCUCUUUCUAAUUUUUUUAUACCUAAAAACCUGGUAUCUUUCGUUUCGCAAUUAUGGUGGGUCUUAUAAUGUGCAGAGACACUAUGAUUUUCAAAGCCCUUAGUUAUAUUUCGGCCAUGUUCUUCUAUUCGAAUAUGUAAUGCCCUUGUGGUUUUACCGAUGUAUUGUAAACCACAAGGGCAUAUAAUCAGAUAAAUCAGAUUCUUUGAAUGGCAUGUCAAGAGGUCUUUAGUUUAAUGUUCUAGUCCAUCUUUGCUUAAAAAGGUGCUUAUAUGUCUUUUUUUAUUUGAAGUCCUCUUGCAUGCCAAGCAAAACCCACAUCCAAAAAAACUAUCUGUAUUUAAAAACGUAUUGGUUAUUUUCUUUUCUUUUAUAAAACUUGAUCAAAGGGAAGUAGGGAGAUUAUUAACUCCUCUAUGUACAAAGUGAGGUUUUUCUGGAAGAAAUGUCUUAGCUACAUGAUCUUGUAAAUGAAUAGGCCAGAACUUAGAAACUAUUUUUCUGACUUUAUAAUUAUCCGUACUGAAAUUGCAUCUUAAUGGGAUUUUGUUAAACUCAUUCUCUUUCUUCUUUUUGUAUUUUAAAAGACUCUCUCUUUCCAUUUCUUUCACUUCUUUUUUAGCACUUUCCAAUUUAUAUUCCUCAUAUCCCUUGUCUAAAAAAUUCUGUUUGAUUUUGUCCGAUUGAGCUUUCAAGGUCAUAAGGUCAGUACAAUUUCGACGAAUACGUAAAAAUUGGCCUCUAGGAGCAUUUUCGAGGUGAAAAGUGACAACUUUCUCUACCUAUAUAAUUAUUUGCUUCCACUGUCUUAAAAUAUUUUUUGGUUUUUAUCAUGUUCUCUUCUAUAUAUAUUUUUAAGUCCAAAAAUAUAAUUUCCGACUUACUCCAAUUAUUCGUUAACUUUAUCCCCCAUGUAUUAGUAUGGAGAUAUUCUAAGAAUUUAAUGAGAUCGCUCUCUUCUCCCUCCCAGAUGAAGAAAAUGUCAUCAAUGUAUCGGCCAUAGGUGACCAAGUUCCGCCUCCAGCUAUGUGGGCCAUAUAUACACAAUACAUCGGUAAAACCACAAGGGCAUUACAUAUUCGAAUAGAAGAACAUGGCUGAAAUAUAACUAAGGGCUUUGAAAAUCAUAGUGUCUCUGCACAUUAUAAGACCCACCAUAAUUGCAAAACGAAAGAUACCAGGUUUCUAGGUAUAAAAAAAUUAGAAAGAGAUUGGAGAGGAGGAAAUUUUGAUGUAAAAAUGAGUAAAAAUGUAAUGGAAUGGAUUUUCAAACUAAAUACUUUAAUUCCUUAUGGUCUCAAUGCAGAUUUUGAGAUGUGUCAUUUUUUUAAAUAAAAUCUCUGGUUAUUAUAUUUUUUUAUCCCAUAUUUAUUUUAUUAUUUUUAUUAAAUUUUAUAUAGAUUAGAUAUGGGUAUUAAAGUCUCUCUCUUUUUAAAAUCCUCUACUUUUGAAAUCCUCUAUUAUUAAAAUAUACUUUUUAUAGAUGUGCAUUUCGGUUAUAUUAUUGUAUAUACUCUUUUAUAUAUCUUUGGAUAUUAACCUAAUGCUAUGUACAUUAACUGAUUCCACAGUUUCAUAGGAACGGACUUGAUAUCAUCUAAAAUACAAGUAUCUAUAUACUAUACUUAUGUCCAUCUAAUUACUCUUUUUAUUGAAACAAUUACACACAGAAUCUUUUUUAUUAUGUACAUAAUUUAUUUGGUUAAAAUACAGAAAGAAUAUGUUUUUGAUUCUUUGUUAUUAUUUUUUGUUACUAUGUAAACCGGAUAUACUGUUUGGGGAAUGAACCGCUAGCUGUAACGCAUAAUUUAUGACGUAUCGGCAUACAAACUCGUGACCGGAAGUGACAAACGUACUCGGAAACCAACUGAAAGAGAGGCUUGAAACGCUGGGCGUCACCGAUUCCAUGGUGAACGCCCGUGAUUUUACAAGCCGGAAAUCAAUUACUGUAUCCUUGAAUGGGUACAUAUAGCAGGAACCUGUCCCAAAGAACAUACAAAGACUUUUUUCCCACAUCCAGUUGAAGAAGCCUUCACGGCGAAAUGCGUCCUGGGAAUCUUGUGAGGAACAGCCUUUGAUGUAUUGGACUUUUAAUGCCUAAAUAGUGGUAUUUUAUUUUAUAUUUUUUAUAAAUAUUUUAAUGUUUAAAUAAAUUUAUGUAUACCUUUAUAUCACUACUGGCAUUGUUCCUGCUAUUCUUUAAAGAAGGAUUGUGGUCCUUAACCACAUACACUCUUUGAUCAGAGCCGAUGUGGAUGGCUCUGGGCUUGUAAGUACAAAUUUGACUUUUUCCAUCACCAUUUAAGAUUUACGAUAUUGCACCAUAUGCGUUUUUUCUUGCUUCAGAAAUCAAGAAAGCAAAGAACACACCUCAAAGAAGGGAUAGGGUCGCCUUUACGGACCCCUCAAGUGAUUCUAGUGAGCUAUACAUACUUAGCUCCUAAAAGUGUGAGUGGGCAUAUUUCCCUCUUUUUAAAAUUAUAUUUACUUUGUACCACAGUAAACACUGUGUUUGGUUUUGUUGUUUAUAUUUUUAAAGGUACUGCAUACCACAAUUGGAAUUUUAUAUAUCUAUUAAGGUAUAGUUACUCAUGUGUCUGCACUAUAGCACGUUUGUUACGGGUUAUUAAUAUUCAGCGCUUCACCUUCACUUCACAAUUCUAGCAUUCAAAGAUAAGAAUUCGGUGAAAUAGCAGCUGUAAUUUUUGUGUUAUUUAACAGUUUCUUUUCAUCAUUUAUUAGCGCUAGUACCUUUUUCUGUUUUAUACCUCCUCAUAGAGAUUCAUUGAAUCGAUGCAUCUCUAUGAGGAAAGUUCAGGGUCUCCAUGCAAAGGGUGGAUACACUGAAUGUCAGUGCUGCACACUGUGCAGAACUACCCCAGGAAGCACCUCUAGCAGCCAUGUGAGGAAUGACCAGAGGAGGUAUCCCUAGGCUGUAAUGUAAAAACUGCCUUUUCUCUGAAAAGACAGUGUUUACUGCAAAAAGCCUGAAAGGACUGACUAUACUAGAAUAAAUACAAUAAGCUGUAGUUUGUUCUGGUGACUAUAGUGUCCCUUUAAUGUAAACCGACCUUUAAUCUACAUAUUUUGUUACAGAAGGGGUUCCUUUUUGGUUUAGUAAAUCAAACUGCUCAACUGAGACGGGGGUGCAAGGGAGGGAUGGGGGAAGAAACAACAGCAAAGCCAUAGCUUUGUAUCAGUCAAUAAAUCAUUAACAAAAUGUAAAUGUUAUGUCAACAUUUUUUUGUUUUUAUCUGUGGCCAGAAUUUAAGUAUUUACAUUAAUACGUUAACCUUCCUGCUUUGAAAAUGCUUUGCACUGGUAGGAUUUAAGGAUUUCCUGGUCCUGUCAUCAAGUUUGUAAAUGUUACAGAGAUUUUAAAACACAGAAUCUUUGCAAUCAAACCGUAAAACACAGUGCGUGCCAAGGAAUAUUAUCACCUUAUCACAAAGUGAAUUGUAAAGGUGUUACUAAAAUGUUAAAAACUACAGAACUAUUUAAACAUUUUUACGUAAUUAACCUGAUAGACCUGUCUUAAGCGCAUACUUAAGUGAAGGUCCAUAUAAUGAUAUUUAGGUUGUUGCGUACCCUUUCCUGGGUGUGUUUUCUAAGUGAUAGCGUGAUAAGUGACCUGUCAAGAAAGUAUUUUUGGGUUUAUUUGCUAAAGUGUGACUCAUACGCGUGACAAGAUAUACCUUCCAGUAACACUAAACAGAGUAUAUUUUAUACCAGUGAAAUCAGUAAAUACACUGACUUUCUUCUGCUUCUUUAAAUUUUAAACGUUGCUCCAGAGGUGACAUGGGGGAUCGUUAUAUUACCAGGAGUUAUUCACGAAAGUGAGAAUUACCGGGGUUUCCAAGUGAAUUUUAUUUUUAAGGCCAAAAUAGUUGAACUGUAGACAGAACUGAUUUGGAGGAUUUUUCUAAUUUCUAAAUUCACUAAGAAUUCAGUUUUCGAUGGCCAUCAAUUCUCACUUCAGUAAACAACCCUGUUAAAGUGUAUUACCAGGAUAAAUGCAUGUCUCUCAUGUUUAGGUAUGUUCUGGGAAUAUAUAUUAUUAUUAUCCAACUCAAUGGUACUUACAUUAUUGAUCACAAUAGGAUGAAAGUCUUGGCUGAGAAGGGCACUUAAACCUUUUUAAACAUUACACCUGGACUCAGCAUCUGUGUGUAUAACAUCUAGUAAUAUUCUACUAAAUAUUGUCAUACUGACAAAAUGAUGUGACUGGAAUAAACCAUCUCCGACAAUGCAGCAAAAAGAGAUUAUUUAUGUUCUAAAUUGAAAAUGAUCUACCAAUAAGGCCUUAUUUGUAAAGAAUUUAAACACUCGCACACACACUGUGCCGAAUUAAUUAGUUAAUUAAUUAAUUACGCAGAGCUCAUAAUUAACACUCUAAUCUCCUUUAAAUAAUUGAGAAAAAUUUAAAUAUUUAUCUUUUAUUGCUGAUGGAAUUGAGCCAAAAUAUUCACAUAUAAGGACAAAAUAUGCAUUCAGAAUCCUUAAAGUUACAACUACAUUAAAAAAUAUCCUACUCUUAAAUGAAAUAUCACGAAGAGAAUACAUUAACACAUAGAGACUCUGCCUCCUCAUUGCUGCUACCUUGUUACUAGGACAUUAGGGUUUAAAUGGCUUAAUCCUGGCAGAGAUCUGGCCUGCUUGGUGGUAAAUCAAUUACUAUUCUUAGUGAAAUUGUUUUCAGUACAUAUUAAAAUGCAUUCAAACAUCUGUUGCUUCCUGGCUUAAUUCUCAAUCAACAAACAUGUUCUUUCCUGUCCGUCACAUGCCAAAAAAUCAUUAAACAUUUUUAUUAUAAAUAAUAUGUUUUAUUAAAUUUUCAAUACUAUUCUAUAUGAACAAGAUCUGCAGUACGUAUUUAUAUAAAGCGUAUGUUAUGUACAAACAAUAACAGUUACAUACAUUGAACUGUGCCAUCUGUUUAAUGAUUUUCACUUUUAUUUUAGACUAUUUGAAUGUCACAGAAUUAAAGGGACACGCCAGACAUCUAAAUCACCCAAAUGCUAUAUAUGUGAUGAGUGUGUCCUCUUUUUUUUUUUCUUCAUUUUACAAAAUGAGCGGUUUUCAACAGAAAUUGGCACUUUUUUAAAAUUUAACCUUGUUACACCCCCUUGGUUACCAAUAAGGCAAGCGUUCCUGUUACGUCUGGUUUGUUUAGCUCAGUGGAGUUAAACUUAAGAGGCAGUAAUUGCUCAGAGAACCUGCCUUGCAAAGACUUCUCAUUGAGCUGCAUUGCGAAGUCUGUGAUUGGACAGCCACGGAAAGUAUGGGCGGGGUUAGAAAGGGAGGGCUUGCAAAGGCUUUAUACAAGUUAGUUACUUUCAAACCUAAAUAGCAUGAAAUGUCAAUGGUACAACAGCAUGGAAUAAAAAAACCAAAUCAUGCAAAAUGCAAGUUACGUGUUUUUUGCAAUCAGUUCUGAAUAAGGCUGUUUAAGAGCAAACAAAUUAGUAGAAAGCACUUACUGUAAUGAAAGGGCUAAUCGUUCAUUAUAAUAGGCAGAACCAAACGUUUGAAAUAAUGUAACAAUUUAGCUAAACUCAUUUCACUUUAGUAAGCUUGUCCCUUUUAAGAGAGUCCCCCAUAGCUCGAACCCAGGGGUGGCUCUGAUCACAAGGUUUGAUUUGGUAAACCAGACUAAACAGGAUGAAAUUGUAACUGAACGGCUUUAGGUGAAUUUCUGAUUCAGUGUUCUCCUGAAUGUUGCUCAGCAACAAAAUAGAGCUAAUGUUGUGACUAGCACAGUGUAUAUCAAGCUGGUGCUACUAUCAUUCUUGACAUUGGGUGGAUGGAAAAUUUAUCUUGAGAAGAAUGAGUACUGAUUGUGUAAACAGCACAAGUACUAAAAGUAGUUUUUUUAACACUAUAAUGAUUUCACCAACAGAAGGGAAGUGAUGCCAGGCUGGAUUUCUAAAUAUAAACCCACAGACUUCAGUGGAGAAAUUGUUCUUUAAUUUAAAAAAAACAACAACAAAAAAAACUUAUGUCCUAGCACCCGUUCAGCAUUUAGGGAUUCCCCAAAUAUAUUCCAUUUUCAUAUUGGAAACUACCUAUUCUAAUAGCGCUCAGAGACUGCCGCCAUGUGCGGUGGGCACAACACUGUUGUAGGUGAAGUGGGUGAAAGACUCCUGCUUGUUGCAGAGGGUUUAAGCUGACUGUCUGGUGCGAUGGGUGAGACACUGCUGCCUGGUGCGGAGAGUGAAAGAGCCUUGCUUGUUGCAGAGGGUUUAAGCUGACUGUCUGGUGCGAUGGGUGAGACACUGCUGCCUGGUGCGGAGAGUGAAAGAGCCUUGCUUGUUGCAGAGGGUUUAAGCUGACUGUCUGGUGCGAUGGGUGAGACACUGCUGCCUGGUGCGGAGAGUGAAAGAGCCUUGCUUGUUGCAGAGGGUUUAAGCUGACUGUCUGGUGCGAUGGGUGAGACACUGCUGCCUGGUGUGGAGAUUGAAAGAGCCUUGCUUGUUGCAGAGGGUUUAAGCUGAGUGUCUGGUGCGAUGGGUGAGACACUGCUGCCUGGUGCGGAGAGUGAAAGAGCCUUGCUUGUUGCAGAGGGUUUAAGCUGACUGUCUGAUGCGAUGCGUGAGACACUGCUGCCUGGUGUGGAGAGUGAAAGAGCCUUGCUUGUUGCAGAGGGUUUAAGCUGACUGUCUGGUGCGAUGGGUGAGACACUGCUGCCUGGUGCGGAGAGUGAAAGAGCCCUGCUUGUUGCAGAGGGUUUAAGCUGACUGUCUGAUGCGAUGGGUGAGACACUGCUGCCUGGUGCGGAGAGUUAAAGAGCCUUGCUUGUUGCAGAGGGUUUAAGCUGACUGUCUGGUGCGAUGGGUGAGACACUGCUGCCUGGUGCGGAAAGUGGAAGAGUCUUGCUUGUUGUGAAGGGCUAGAUUCAGAUACCUAGUCCAGUUGGUGGAAGACUGGUGUGGGGACAACGCUUUAAUUUUAGGGAUGUGAGUGGGGGUGUGGCCAGGGGCGGAAUGUUCUGAGAAAUUUUAGAUAGUUUACUAAUAACACUUUAUAGAACUAAAAUGUAUCUUAUUUAUAUAGACUGAAUUUUAAACACAUUUAUUGUAGUUUAAAGACAUAUUACUGGGGGUAAUAUUACUGUGGAGCUCUGUUAUACAGUCAGACAAACCAACAGUAUUGGACUCCUAGAAAAUAGAGUCAUUAGGAUAGAAAAGAGUGACAAAGGAAUUUGGGAGGUAUGCAGAGGUUAGAGUAAGUUUCUGUUGCAGUGGGUGAAUGGCUGCAUUGCAGGAAUGUGUAAUUAGUUAGAGAGAUUAGACUGAAUUAUGUAAGUGUGACAGUAAGAAAUACUGUAUUGUUUUAAUCAGUGGCAAAUCACCUUGGUAGCCUGCACCAACGCCUGAGGGUGAAUGAGAUUAUCCUGGAAUGUAAUCUCACUGUGUGCAUUGAGCCACAUAUGCUAUAUGUAUACUGCAUUUUCUUCCUGGUGUUCCUGUUCAGAUGGUAUAACCAAUUAAAAGGAAACUAUAGUGUUAGGAAUACAAAGUAUAGUGCCCCCUUCCCUGUGCACCCUCUCCCCAUGGGGCUGAAAGGUUAAAAACCCUUUUGUCACUUACUUGAUACCAGCACCAAUGUCAGCUUCAACCUCCGCUCCUCUUCCCACAACAUCAGCCGAGGGGGUGAGGGGGGGGGACCUAAUGCGCAUGUACGGUGAGUGCUGAGAAUACUUUAGGACUUCCCCAUAGGAAAGCAUUGAUUCCGUGCUUUCCUUUGGGGUUUUAAUCCUCCUUAUGUGAGGAUGUCCAACGCCAUUUAGUGGACCAAAAGUCCGCUAAGGACCCUGUAGCACCACUAAAGGUGGAGUUAACACUGCAAGGUAAUUAUUGCAGUUUAUCAAUAACUGCAAUAAUUAUAAUUAGAGGGUUAAGGGACCUGGGAUACUACGCUCAGACCACUUCAAUGAGGUGAAGUGGUCUGGGUGCCUAUAGUGUCCCUUUAAUUUUCAGGUCUAUUAGAAUUCCCUUAUCUUCCACGUCACUUAUGCCAGACUGAAUUCCAAUGGUCCAAACGUACUGUAUGGAGUUAUUAGUGAUGCAUAUAAUGCAGUAGUCUCCUUCUUGGCUCCAAACAAGAGGGCUGGCCUUUAUGGUACACAAAAUAAACAGAUCUCAUUGUGGAUGUUUCUACCCACAGGGAGCACAUCAUAUGUAGAAAUGUUGCAGAUAAAUGCUGCUGGAGUCAGGUGUGCCAUCAUUAUACUGUGUAUCCCUUUGACCUACACAGUAUGAAGGAGCAUUGACAGAUAUCUGUCUAUGCCACCAUUGGCAACUAUAGUGUGUUUUGAAUAUCAUGGUCACUGUCUCAUAUCAUCCUGAUCACAAUGGUCACUGUCAAACAGCUCCAGGGAUGUGGGUCUGGCAAUUGGUCAGACUCAGAUACCACAGUCCACCAGGAAAUAUCCCAAUUGGCCAGUUCCUGCCUGGAGAGCACUGAGAGCAGAGGCCACCAUUCCAUGCACAAACCCACACAGUAAUGGGUCAGCAAAGGCACUGGUCAGUCUCACUAUUCUAAAACUGGGCAGACAAACAUCCAACACAUCAUUCACUCUUUUAAUUUAAUUAUUUUUUCACAAUUUACCGAAGAAUUGUUUGAGGCUACAACUCACAACCCCCAUGCCAGUGAUCCAUUGCCCCGUGGCCAGCUCUCCCAUGGUUACAAACACAAGAUACAUUUACUAAACCAUUAAUGGGACACUCCACUGCCCAAAUACAAAAAGCUGGUGCUCUGGGCAAUUGUCUGCUUUUUGAGUUUAUCUCCAAGGACCUCAACAAACCAGGAAGUAACGGGACCUGAUGUAUGCCAAAAAGCCAAAGGGUGUAACAAGGCUCAUUUAUAAAAGUGUCAAUUUCUUGUGAAAUCAAAACUUUUUGCAAAAUGAUAAAAUGAGGACACACAACACAUAAAGCAAGUUAAAGUGCUUUAGGGGUCUGGAUUGUCCUUUUAAAUGUCAGCCUUACUGAAUGAUAUAAAUGACUAUUCUGAUGAAAUAUACAAAUCGCAUCGUCACAACAAGAUUGAGGAGUACAAUCAGGAAAUUACAUUUAUCAGAAAUAAAUAUCCAUAAUUCUCUGAAUGCUAAAUAAAUGGAUAAUUUCAUAUGUUUAUUCAUAUCUAGACCUCUGGCCUCAUAAUAUUUAGUUAUAUAUCCAGAACAAUCUACUGACUUGUCUAAAGGUUCUUUUAGUAGUUUGACUUUCUUAGGGCUUGUAUUGAAAAAUUGCCCAUGUAAAAAUUAAGUGAUGAGUUAAUUAAUUCUAUAUAUAUAUGUAAAUAAUGUAUUUUAGAAAGAAGGUCCAGGACCUGGUGAAUAUCACAUGAAGACGCAGUCUGCUCACGGCAUUUCAUCGUGUUUUAAAUCUAACGUACCCAGAUUGCAGUUAUCCAGCUCGGUAAGUCCUGGAAGCAAUAUGUUACUGUGCUUUAUUCAGCUUUAAUUAAAAUGGCAAAAAAACAAAACAAAACAAUUAUAAUAUGAAUCAAUAUUCAAGGCAAUGCAGGAGAGUUCUAAAUUGGUGCUUACUUUACACAGUUAGAGAAGAACCAUCACAUGGCAAUGGUUCAAUAGACAAGGGUGACGGAGAUGCUCAUAAAAUAAACGGAGCUGGGCACAACAUAAAGAUAUCUAUACAAUACAGAGAUAACCAUACCACAAACAGAGCUGAGAAGUUAUACACAGAGUUGGGCACAAUACAGAGACACCUAUGCAAUACACAGAGCUGGGCACAAUACAAAGACACCUAUACAAUACACAGAGCUGGGCACAAUACAGAGACACCUAUAUAAUACACAGAGCUGGGCACAAUACAGAGACACCUAUAUAAUACACAGAGCUGGGCACAAUACAAAGACACCUAUACAAUACACAGAGCUGGACACAAUACAAAGACACCUAUACAAUACAUAUAGCUGGGCAUAAUACAAAGACACCUAUACAAUACACAUAGCUGGGCAUAAUACAAAGAAACCUAUACAAUACACAGAGCUUGGUAUACUUCAGAGAUACCAAUACAGCUGGUAGAGCUGAGUAAAAUACAGUGAAAUAACAAUCAGGAGAUACUCAUUGUUAUCAAGCAUCUAGAUACUUGUAGACUCCAACCAUGUCAACUAUUCCUUACUUACUAUUAGCUCCCAGCACACAGUGUGCACGUGGUUAAAGCAUCAAGAUACUGAUACCCUCCAAAUAUGUCAGAUACUCCUGACUCACUAUUAGCUCUCAGCACAGAGUGUACACAGGGUUAAAGCAGCAGGGCACUGAUUCCUUAUUACCUUUGUAGCUGGCAAUAUAAUUAAUCUGCAUUAAUAUGGAGUCAAGAAAUAACUGACAUGGUUAAUAGAAGCAACAAUUACUACAGAUUAAAACAGAUUGGAAUCAUAGUCCUCAGAGUCACAGCCCCAGUCCUGCAGUUUGAACUUGUCAACUAGCCACAGCAUGACUGUCUCAGGUCUCAACUGUAGAGUGAUUGAGCUCUUUAAAGAAGAUGGUGGAUAGGUACAGUAUGGGUUUAUAUAACUAUUAGUGAUGGGCAGCAUAGUGCUAUGUGUCAGAAAUUGCCCUCUGCCCUUGUCACCCCCGGGGUUUCCUGGAUUUAUAUGUAUUAAAUAUAUAUUUUAGUAAAUGUCAUUGCCUAAUCAACCCUCAGGCAGUCACUGGGGAAAUUGGGAGAGAGAAAAAGAUAAUAUUACACACUUACAUCAGGCAAGGGCCAGGAGCUGUGCUUUCCCUGUGCUACUUUCAAGAUGGAUUCUAACUUCUCUUUCCUGUGGGUACUGUAACCACACCCUCUGGUGCUAUCAGUCAAUCAUGGUCCCUGAAUAGAGAGGCCAAUAGUAGUCCUUUAUUCAUAGGCAGCUGACUCUGCUGCCCGAAUGUCAACGCAAUGGGAAUUCCAGAAAUUCCUUCUUAAAGGGACACUCCAGGCACUUCUGCCGAUUGGAGUGGUCUGGGUGCCAACUCCCACUACCCUUAACCCUGCAACUGUAAAUAUUGCAGUUUUUAUAAACUGCAAUAUUUACCUUGCAGGGUUAACUCCUCCUCUAGUGGCUGUCUUCUAGACAGCCACUAGAGGGCACUUCUGGGUUUAUAGCACACAUUUCGUGUACUAUAGUGUCGCUGGACAUCCUCACGCUAUGUGAGGACCUCCAACGUCGCUGAAAUCCCCAUAGGAAAGCAUUGAAAGCAUUUUUGAAUGCUUUCCUAUGGGGAGGUCUAAUGCGCGUGCACGGCAUUGCCGCGCAUACGCAUUAGGUCUCCCCCCGCCGGUGGCCAUGCAUGUGCAAUAGGUGUCCCCCGCCGUAUCACGUCGGCGGGGGACACCUAUCGCACAUGCGCGGCCACCGGAGCGUGGGCGGACCCGGAACCAGCGCUAAGGGACAUCGGCACUGGAUACAGGUAAGUCACUGAAGGGGUUUUAACCCUUUCAGCAACUUGGGAUGGGGGUGGGAGGGAGAGGAGACCUGCAGUGCCAGGAAAACGGUUUGUUUUCCUGGCACUGGAGAGUCCCUUUAAAGGACACUAGACAUGUGUAAAACCUGCUCAAACAGGGCAAAUUUCAAACCUGCCCAAUAUUUUGACAUGCCUAGCUGCUCUCAAGUAAAUUUCUCCAACCAGCUACCAAUGAAUUAGGAGAGGCCCUGCAGAAGUGAAACAUAUUACAGCCACUAAUUUUCCCCAUAUUUUCUUGACUUACCACCCAUCCCUCUAGAAAAAGAAUAUUAGUGCCCCUAUGGAUGAACCUCCACUGCUCAUACAGACUAGUUACUAGUAAAUAUACAGACACUUAUGCAAUGCAAAACUCUUAAUUUCCCAUAAUUCCCCAUAAUAAUAAAUAUAAAUUCUGGUGAUACGAUACUCAAUGACGAUUCAACAGUUUAGCUUUAUCUUAAAUAUGUGUAAGCAAUUUAAUAAUUUGCAGGUGGAAUGCAAUUGUCAGGUUAUUGCAUCCUUGUUAGUCAGUUCAUUUCUUUUUUUUUAUGAAUAAGAUUUUUAUUAAUCGUAAAAUAAAGCAUCAUAUGCAACAUUCGUGGACAUGCAGGUGUUUUUUUUUGGGGGGGGGGGUGGAUUUGAUUCCUGAAUUGACAUUCGCCGGAACCUAAACAACAUCCAACCGAAUGUCGGGUAUCCUAAAUUCUUUUCUAUCCUCAGAAAAAAUGAUUCCGCAGAACCAAAAUUUCUUGUUGUGCACGAGUCUAAAUAUCAUUGCGGGGUUUGUGAUAUAGCAAUAUGAAUAAAACAAAUAAUUUAGGGUGUUAAUAGCAAGAAAAUAUAUAAGUUGGUGUGUAUGUGUCAGUUGUGCGUGUGUUGGAUUUAAACCUAUUUAUGUUACUGUGAAAUGAUUACACUAUGACUUAAUGUACAAUAUCUGAAAUGAAUGGUGACACGAUAAACGCGUCUUAUGUAGACAAACUCAAGUCAAUUAUUAUGUACAGUGGCUUUAUACAAAUCAAUGUUUUACCAUUCCGUAAAUAAUGUUAAUGCUUCGCUACAUGUGGUCAGGAUUUCAUGUUUUGUAGUAGAUAGCAAAGCUGUUGUGAAUACCAGAGUGUUUUAUUCAUUCAGUGUUUUUUGGUUGCUAAAGGAGCUUGAGUAAACAGGAGAUAUGUAAUGGUAUAUAAACUACUUGCAUACUUUGACUUAGAAGAAAUGGUUUGCAUUUAAGAUGCUAAGCAUUCACAGCACGUUUGGUUGCAGAAUGGUUGUAGCAGACCCAAAUCAUGCUUCCUCUUUUAUUAGUGAUACAAUAAAUGCCACAUUUUGGAUUUUUGAUUCCCAGGGACAGAUAGAGCAUAGUUCCUAACAUUGAAAGUUAUGAGAUCAGGAUAGAGGUGAAGGGGCCCGGCAAAUGAAGGGACAUGGUAUUCUCCUGGUCAGGCCCCCAACACAGAAGGACAUGCAGAGAGUGUUGUUGAAUCUCUGCAUGGUCCUAGUGGAUGCCAGAUAGUGCAAAUGUGUCUAAUGAUUUACUCAGCGCUGUGCUGACUUGGGAUAGCAAUAUGGUAUCCCCAGAUGUAGGACAUCAGGGAACAAAACCGGAACAGAACCCUUGGUUGAAGUGGUUGAAGUGUUCAGAAUGUAAGGCAUCUGAUAUCAAUAAAUAUUCAUAAGAGAAAAUGGUUCAAAGGCUCUUCUAAGGAAUAUUUUAAGCACAAAACAUUUUGUUAAUGACAUUGUUUUGGUGUGCAGACCAUACCCCUUCAGUCUGACUGCUCAAUUCUAUGUAUUUUAGGAGUUAAAACACUUUGUUAAUGCAGCUCAAGCCAAACCCAGCCUUGCCGCCUCCAUGAAAUAAAGGUUGAUUUUUACAGCAAAGUGUAUUUCUUUUAGAAGUUAUUAUCUCCUGUUCUGUUAAUUGGACUUUAAUCACAACCAGGAUGCUGUUGCAGGGCCUAGUGGAGAUUUAGCAUAGCAGGAGAUUGGAAAUUGUAAACAAGCACACAGCUAAAUCGCAGAAACUAAAACAAAUCAGCUCUAUUGAGGCUGAAUAGCAACAAAGUGUUUAUUAUGGCAAAACAAUUCCAUUGAGGGGUUCUUAAAACCAAAGGUCACUUCUUCAGAGAGGAAUUAAUAUCCAACAGGCUCUAGGAAGGUUGCCAGGUUUGGGACACCUACUCUUAGAAUAGGGAUGGUGAUUGGGUCCUGGCAUAGUCACGAAACCUGGGCCUCAUUUAUAAUAAGGUGUCCUAGGUAGCCACCUAGGUGACCCGUGUAGUUUAGUUUACGAAUGUCUUCAAAAUUCCAAGUUGGUAUUAUUUUCCUCUAAUACACAAUUCAAGGUUAUGACUCUUCUAUAUGAAGGGAAAUACAUUUUUAGAUUGAGAAUGAGGUUAGGAUCUGGAUUCCUUAAAUCUUAGAGAAGGCUAGGACAUAAUUUCCCAAUAUGACUAAAAUUGGUUGAUUCAAAUUCAUACAACUUCUGCCGUCAAUUCAGUCUCCCUCCCAAUAAUGAUAUGUUGGGGACAAAAUCUGAGGAGAGAGAAAACCACUUUAGCUCACACUAUGGCGGUGCAGUAACUGGAUAACGAUAUGCUGGGAGAGGAACUGAAGAAGACUAAACCAUUUUUGGCCAAACUAUAGCUAUCUAAUAGCUUUUUGGGUAUAUAGACAUAAGCACUGAGAAAAGCUUUCAAAAAUCAAAUGAUACAGCAGUGCUGUCCAUUUGGUGACCCUCAAGGUGCCAUGAACUAUAAUGUUUAGCCAUUCACGCUCUUGGCAAAGAAUCAUGGGAAUCCACAAUAAAUGGAAUACCUAAGGUUAGGCAUCACUUUCCGACUUGCUGUAGUUGCAACAUUACAGCGAAGAUAAUUAAUGAAGUGCAAGAGUACAAAAUGCAUUAACGAAAGAAUCACUGUUUUUAUCCCAGGUAAAUAAUUUUUUUCUAGUAAUGUCUAAAAAUAAAAAGAAAGUCUCUACAUCCAUUAAACCACUAUAGAACCAAACCGUGAGCCCCGUGGGACCAUCAGAAAAUCUUUGUGAGGGCAUAUAAUUUAUCUGGUUGUCUGGAGACACAGGAAAUACAUAAUUUACAGCUGCUUUAAUGGCUUAUCACCAGAUUACGUGGCAGGCGUUUUCAGCUGCCCUACAGUCUCCAGUUCCAGAAAAUGCAGCUCAGCACAAAGGUCAAUCCAUGUAAACCAAAGCAUUGAAAUAAUGUUGGCCGAUCACCAAGUGUAAAUUCACCCGUCUUUCAUAGAAUGUCGGAGGGACAAUUACAUAGCUGUUAAACAGCACUCAUAGGAGUCACUUGCCAGUCGACUCCUUUUGUUUUACCUGAUAUUGUAUUUUGUAUUUUAAUGGAUUUUUCACUGUAGAACUAUUUUACAAGAGCAGUGGGAGUUUAUGAGAGUAGGAGCCAGAUUUAGUGCUAUUGAUAGGGGGGAGAAAUGCAACAAACUAUUGUCAGCUGAGCAGUUCUACGCUACUUACUAAAACACACUGACUCUAUAUUAGUGUUUAUAGUGUAGAAAUGUCCCCUGUAAAUUGAUGGGAGGGGGGAGAGCGGAGGAAGGAAGGACGGAAGGAACACAAAGAAAUGAAGGAAGGGAGGCAGAAAGAAAGGAAAGAAGGAAGGAAGGUGUAAGGAAUCCUGUACUUACCUUGGCGGUCUGCCAAUCAGCUCUUUCUUCGAUUGGGCGGAUCGCUUCCUCCAAUCAUCCUGCCCAAUUUGGCAGUCUCCUGGACACUGGCUGCUGGGCGCACGCCCCUUUUUAUGACACGGUGCACGUUCGCCGAUGUCAGGUGAAGGGCAGUACUGAGGGUGGGAUUCACAGGCGCUUCCUCACAUUUUAGGGGAGUGACUACAUCAAUCACGCUUCCCAACAUGCUGUGGUUCCUAGUUUACUAGUGUCCCAAGAGUGGGUUUCUUACUGGGUUUUUGCUAUUUUGUUAUUGCUUUUUCCUGACUACUCUUCUUUCUGGUUCCCUUGACUCGGCUCUAGUAUUCGUUUUGGUUUUUCUCUGGUUCCCUUUGACUUAGGCCUGUUUUGACUAUUCUAUUCUUAUUACUUUUUAGUCCGGCCAUUCUAAGGACCGGUUUAGGUAUUUAUUUUACCUAUAGGAGGAUUAUUAUUGUGCGUGUUGGGAUACCCAUUCAUGACAGAAGGCAGCAAAAAAGGAAGUAUGGACAUACAGAAGGGUGGUAGGUAGGGAGGGAGGAAGGAUGGAAGGAAGAGAGGGAGGGUGGAAGGAAAGGAGGAAGGGUGGGAGGAACUGGAGGGAGGGAGAGAGGAAGGAUGGAAAGAAAAAGAGAGAGGGAGGGAGGAAGGAAAGAAGUAAUGGAGGGAGAGAGGAUGAAAAGAAGAAAGGAAAGAAGGAAGGGAGUGAUGGAGGAAGGAAGAAUGGUAGAAAGGGAGUGUGAAAAAAAUUGGCUUUUAUUUGACAUUUUCUUAUUUGUUCGGUAUUUUUCCUGUUUAUUACAUGUAUAUUGCAUAUAUUGGUUCAGUAGUUUGAAACUACCGAACACCGACCCCCUUCCUGGCUCAUUAACUACAAAGGAACCAUCUAUUAAGUGCGCCCUGGGCGGCCGCUGUUCGUAUACCCGAACGCCACGUGGAAUAGAAGACGGCGGCCAUCUUGUUCGCACGAGGGGAGUCAGCGGGACUUGGUUGUCGAGUGUCUGGAACUAAAAUCGGACACUCGACCUCCCGAACCACCGCUGAAACUACCGAACGCCGGCUUCCUUUACUUCCCGAACAGCCAGGAGAGCGCCAUUCGGUAGUUCUGUGCAAACGGACAAGUGGAGCAAUUGCUCCUAUGAGUCAGGAAGAUCCAUUCGGGACUUUGUUCAGUUUUGUACCUGUUUCUGAAUUGACCGACCGCACAUGCUGAAUUAACUUAUCUCAAUAUCUCCCAGGCAGCGAGAGGGCGUGUAUUACUGUAAAUGUGUACGUUGAUUGGCUGUUGUCUUUGUUUGCUGUGGGAGGUCAUAUUGCAGGAGGAUUUCUCAUAAAAGCCCAUGUGUGUCAAUAAAAUUAAUUCCUGUUACACCCUUCAUGAAGUCUAGGCUCAUGUUUGGGGGAUAUUCUAUUUGCUGUGAAGAAUCAUCUUGGAACUGCAUUCAUCUAUCCUACUCCUCUACUCACUGCUGCAGCUAUAAUCACUUAUGCUCAGCUGUUGGGAAAAGGAACAGAAGACCGCAGCACCAUAACCACUGCAGGUCUUAACAGGGAGGAAGAAAGGGAGGGAGGUAGGAAGGAAGGGAGAGAUGGAUGGAGGAAGGGAGGGAGGAAGGAAGGAUUGUAGGGAGGGAGGGAGGGACGAAGGGAGAAAGUUACUCUAACAAUCUGAUAAACAUGUUGGACUGAGUUGAUGCUUAUAUUCAAGUAACAAGUAGAACAGUGAAAAGAAACAGUUUAUCAAGAUAGAAAGCGAUCAUUUUUUAUACCAUAUUACCUCCAACAGGGAAAGGAGGCUAUUUAUAUUUUACCUCUAAUCAUGUUCGCCAGCAGUUUCAAUGGAUAAAGCUGUAUUUCUCAAAGGGAGCUUAUUUCCAGCAGUCAGCUCUGCUGGUUAUUACAUAGUGGUACAUUUAGGGAGAAAAGGAGACGGAGCCAAAUAUAGCAUACCCCUUUGGUGAUUCAAUCUCCUGUCUGUUUACUGUUAAUGUCUUAAAGGGAUCGUAAAGUGCAAAAAAUAAAUAAAAUAUAUAUCGUCACUAACUGCUAAUGAAAAGUGAGCUGAAAACCUUACAUAACCCUUUGUUUAAUAUUUAUUAAAUAUAAAAUUACAUCGUUUGGCUUUAUUCUCAUACAGUGUUUUUGUCUCAUGAUUUUCAAUAACCUGACAAUCCCUCCUUUUGUCGUUGGGUUCCCGUUUGGUCUGUUUAUUCAGAAGAUAUAAAAUGCAUGCAUUAUGUGUUGGUAAGAGUGAUUUCAAAUGUUCUUCUCUUCCAAGAUUCCUGUUUAAAUGUUCCUCUGUACUACAGCAGGUGCAGAAAUAAAUUUUCCAUUUCUAAACUCGCUGUGUAUAAUGCAAUGUUUUCCCAUUCCCAUGGCACACCACAAGGGAAAACAGACGGCUCUAUUGCUGCUACAUCCCAGGUUCGGAGCAAGCUUAGAUCAAUGUUAAGUCUACUGAUCCCCGUAGGACUCAGCCGAUAAUCAGUGAACGUUACUCAAAAAGCCAAGCUUCCAAAAAGAAAAGGCACUAGCAUGCUCUGCCCAGUGCUGCGCCUGUUUUGUUCCUGUCCAAUUUUUAAAGAAGAAAAAAAAAAAAUAUAUAUAUAUGUUUUUAAUAUUCCCUUGAAUCUGAUUGAAGUGCUUUUCUUCUGGAAGUCUAGCUGUUUGUGGGACGUUGGUCUGAGACGUAAUAGAACCUGCAGUUACUUCUCAGCCAUUAAUGCGGAACAUUCAAUGUAAAGAUUGCUCUGGUCCGCAGUUUGAUUUACAUUAAUUUGUUAUGUGACCUCUGGUUGCUUUCUUUGAACUCCUUGACUAAUCAGUGGAUUCUGAGCAACUCAGGAGAAAGUUAACAUUAAUGUUAGACGGGUCUGAAAACAUAAAAUUCUUAUCUGUAAGCUGUUUACGUUGGGGCCAUUCUCAACUAAGUGUUUUGGGUUCAUGAGCAGAACACAAAAUGUAUAUACAUUGAAACAUUGCAUCUGCUUGUGAUACAGCAUUGUCAUAGGAUUGGAUAUAAAUAAAAGACUAAUGCAACAAGGCCAGAGGAAGAAUAUCUACAUCAGGAAGUGAACAAUGCAACUUGUGAGUGUAACUAAUGAGAUUUAGUCUUAGUAAUCCAUUGGUCUCCACAGGAUUCCCAUGAUCAGCACAUUUCUAUGGUUUUUGUUUGAUACUCAGAUCACUUUACCCAUGCCCUUGCUAUUUUAUUUUUAUUUUUCAGAAAACUCCUGGUCCUGGAACUUACGAUCCAAUGCAACAGCUUCCGAUACAACCACCAACAGUGGCCAGAAUGGGUCGCAUGCAUGGCCUUUUCUUCCGUAAUUCACAUGACUUUUUAAAAUUGUGA